AUGCCUCGAGGAACUGUGUGCAGUGUGGCCACAUGUAAAUCCAACUCGAAAAAGGCAAAAGAAAAAGGGGAAAAUAUCAUGUUCCUUAGGUUCCUUCCAAAAAAUCCUAACAUUCAAAGAGAGUGGGUUAGAAAAUAUGCUAGAAAGGAUAAAUGGAAACCUAUUGAAAAAAGGCUGUGUAGUUUACAUUUUAAAUCUGAAGAUUAUCACGAUGAAAUGCAGGCUAGGUUGUUAAAUUUGCAACCAAGAAUGCUAAAAACAGAUGCUAUUCCAUCACUAUUUUUACCCUCCUCUGUGGAAAAACCAGUGGGUAAACGUACUCAACGAAUGUUGAGAAAAGAGAGGGAAGAAAAAGUUGAAAUACUGCUUCAAGAGACCAUUAUAAAAACAUCACCAAUAAUUGUUGUGGAAAACCAACCAGAGACAUUAACUAUUUCUGAUGUUCCAUCAACAAGCAUGGAAACUGAUGCAGACAUUUGGAAAAAAAAGUGGGAAGAGCUGGAACAAGAGAAUGUUAUCCUUAGAAAACAAAUUGAGGAUUUUAGAAAUAAGGACAAUACUCUAAGAGCUCAAAUUUUGCAGUUAGAAAAACAGAUAAAACAAGAUCAGGUUCAGUUUGAGGAAAAAGUGAUUGUGGCAUUUUUAAUGAUUUUCUUACAUUAA